UUUGGUGAAGAGCGGAGAGAACUACAAGAGAGUGGGGGCUGGACUCGUGGGUUUAUCGAUAAAUCAACCCUUUUUCCUAACUGUUGGAUCUGAUGCAGCCCCAUUCUAAUGCCAAAGAUUUGAGGUUUGGUACGAGGCUUUUAGUCAUGGAAGGAGACGCAGCAGACACUCAGGCAAGUUCAGAAUUCCAAGCGAAGGCAGUUGACGUCCGAGAAAGUGAUGUCAACCCAGCAAUGGCCUCUUCCAUUAAGGUGGAAGGAGAGAUUGUAAUAAAUGGGGGCUUGAAACAUGAGAAAAAAGGCGAAAGCAAAGAAGAAGAGGAAGAGACUGCUCUUGACGGAGGAUUCAUAAAAGUAGAAAAGGAAACAGUAGAUGUAAAGGAUGGUGCCCACAAAACUGAAGGAGAAGCCACCUCAGAAGAAGGAGGUAGCUCUGCUUUAGACAGAAGUUCAAGCAAUCUGAUGGCAAACAGAGAUUUAUUAGAAUCCCAAGAGAAAGUGAAGGAACUUGAGUUGGAAUUAGAAAGAGUGGUUGAAGCAUUGAAGCAUUCUGAAUCAGAAAACACUCAUUUGAAGGAGGAACUUCUACUUACCAAGGGGAAAUUGGAUGGAAGUGUGAAGCUCUGUGAAGACCUUGAGGUCAACAAGAAAAGGGUUGAGGAACAGAUCUUACAAAAUGAGGAGAGGUACAAUUUACAGAUCAACACUCUGCAAGAGGCACUGCAAGCCCAUGAGGAAAAACACAAGGACCUGAUCAAUGUAAAAGAGGCAUUUGAUGGUCUAACUUUUGAACUUGAGAACUCACGAAAGAAGGUGCAAGAAUUGGAGCAAGAACUGCUGUUAUCAGUAGGUGAGAUGAAGAAGUUUGAGGAGCUGAGUAAGCAAAGUGAUUCAUAUGCUGAAUCAGAGACAAAGAAGGCCUUAGAAUUUGAGAGGUUGCUAAAAUUGGCAAAAGUAAAUGCACAAGAAAUGGAAGUUCAGAUGGCUUCCCUACAAGAAGAAGUUAAGGGUCUGUAUGAAAAGAUUGCUGAAAAUGAGCGUGUUGAAGAAUCACUUCGGACUACUGCUGCAGAGCUUUCUGGAGUUCAAGCAGAACUGGAGAUUUCAAGAGCACAGAAACUAGAUUUGGAGAAGAUGCUUUCUUCCAAGGAAGCUAACAUAAAUGAACUGACUAAAGAACUGGAUCUGCAUAAAACUUCUGAAGCACAGAUGAAGGAAGAUAUACUGGCUCUAGAGAAUCUGUUCUCUUCAGUGAAAGGAGAUCUUCAGGCAAAGAAUGAUGAAUUGGAAGAAAUCAAGUUGAAGCUGCAUGAGGAAGUGAAGAGUAGGGAGCUGGUUGAAGUUGAUUUGAGAAGCCGGGAAACACAAAUAUCAAGUGUACAAGAAGAAUUGGCUAAAGUGAUUGUAGAGAAAGAAACUCUGGAAGCAACUGUCGCAGAUCUUAAUAGUAUGGUUAUGCAAACGAAAGAGUUGUGUGGUGAUCUUGAGAACAAAUUGAAGCUAUCAGAUGAGAAUUUCUGUAAAUCAGAUUCUCUUCUGUCUCAGGCUUUGUCGAGUAAUGCAGAGCUGGAACAGAAGUUAAAGUCUCUUGAGGAGCUCCAGCAAGAAUCGGGUACUUUAGCUGCUACUGCUACACAAAAAAACCUUGAACUUGAGGAUAUCAUCAAAGCUUCAAAUGCAGCAACAGAAGAAGCAAAAUUACAGCUAAGAGACACUGAGAUGAGACUGAUAUCUGCAGAACAGAAGAAUGUGGAGCUUGAGCAACAGCUAAACUUGGUGGAGCUAAAAAGUAAUAAUGCUGAAAGAGAGCUGAAAGAAUACUCUCAGAAAACAUCUGAACUAACAGCUAUACUGGAAAGGAUUGAAGAAGAAAAGACAUUGUUGAAAAGCCAUGUGCAAGAGUAUGAAGGUAAGAUAACCCAAUUGGAAUCUUUUCUAAACCAGGCAUCUUUGAGGAGUUCAGAUCUCGAGUUAGAAUUGAAGAAUGUUUCUGAGAAAUGUUCUGAACAUGAGGACAGAGCCAAUACAAGCCAUCAACGCAGCAUUGAACUCGAAAACUUGAUUCAGACAACUCACUCCAAAGUGGAAGAUGCUGGAAAAAAGGUUGUUGAAUUAGAAUCAUUAUUGCAAGCUGCAAAUCACAGAGCAGAGGAGCUUGAAGAACAAAUAAACACACUAAAAGUGAAAUACAAUGAUGCAGAACUAGAAUCUAAUCAAUUCUCCUCCAAGGUCUCUGAACUUACAGCAGAACUAGAGACUUUCCAGACAAAAGCAUCAGGACUUGAAAUUUCACUGCAAGCAUCAGAUGAAAAGGAGAGGGAAUUGAAAGAAUUCUUGAAUGUAAUUACAGAAGAAAAAAGAAAGUCUGACGAGGAAUUAAUCAGUUCAACGAAGAAGCUUGCUGAAGCUGAAAAUCUGCUGGAGGUCUUGCAGAAUGAACUUAAAUCAACCCAAGAAAAAUUGGAGAACAUUGAGCAAGAACUUAGGGUUUCUGGAAUUAAGGAGAAUGAGGUAUUGGAGAAGCUUAAAUCUGCCGAGGAGCAGUUAGAGCAACAAGGAAAAUUAAUAGAACAGGCAACCACAAGAAACACAGAGCUUGAGGCAUUACAUGAAUCUCUUGUCAGGGAUUCAGAGCUAAAACUCCAAGAAGCAAUGGUACACUUCACCAAUAAGGAUUCUGAGACUAAAUCUCUCUAUGAGAAACUGAAGAUUCUCGAAGAUGAAUCAAAGACAUAUGAAGAGAAGGCUGCUAAGGAAACCGAGAAAUCGAAUUCUUUGAAAGUUGAAUUGGAUCAGAGUUUGGUGAAGCUGAUGGCUCUGGAAAGUACAAUUGAUGACCUCAAGGCAAAGAUCUUGGAAGUUGAAGAUAGAGCUGCUCAGUCUUUCUCAGAAAAUGAACUGCUAUCUCAGACGAAUUUACAGCUCAAGACAAAAGUAAAUGAGCUUCAGGAAUUUCUAAAUUCUGCUUGUGAUGAAAAGGAAGCCACUGCUCAAAUGCUUGCUUCUCACUUGAACACCAUAGCUGAAUUAACUGAUCAGCACUCAAGAGUCUCUGAACUUCAAUCUGAAACUGAAUUUCGUGUGAAGGAAGCAGAAAGACAAUUACAAGAAUCGAUUGAGCGAUACGCUCUAAAAGAUUCAGAAGCUAAAGACUUGACUGAAAAGCUAACUGCACUGGAAAUCCAAGUAAGAAAAUUUGAAGAACAGGCUCAUGAAUUAUCUGCUCUUUCUGAAACUCAAAAAGCUGAGUUAGAAGGUUCUUUGUUGAAACUAAAGAAUUUGGAAAGUGAUUUUGAAGAAAUGAGAACUAAGGCAAGUCACUACGAAAAGGAGAGUGAAGGACUAGCUGAAGUAAACUUACAACUCAAAAUGAAAGUAAAUGAGCUUCAGGAACUGCUAGCUUCUGCAUCUGAUGAAAAGGAAGUCACUGCUCAAAUACUGGCUUCUCACAUGAACACCAUAGCUGAAUUAACUGAUCAGCAUUCAAGAGUGUCUGAACUUCAAUCUGAAACUGAAUGUCGUAUCAGGGAAGCAGAAAAACAAUUACAAGAAUCCAUAGAGCAAUACAUUCAAAAAUAUUCAGAAGCUAAAGACUUGAAUGAAAAGCUAAUUGCACUGGAAAUCCAAGUAAGAAAACUUGAAGAACAGGCUGAUGAGUCGUGUGCUCUUUCUGAAGCUCAAAAGGCUGAGUUAGAAGAGGCUUUGUUGAAACUAAAGCUCACGGAAAGUUCUUUUGAAGAAAUGAAAACUAAGGCAACUCAUUUUGAAAAGGAGAGCGAAGGACUAGCUGAGGCAAAUCUGAAACUUACUAGGGAACUGGAAGCUUAUGAAUCUAAUUUGAAAGAACUGCAAACAACAUUUUCAGCAAUUCUAACUGAGAAGGAUGAUGCAGUUGAACAUCUUCAAUCUUCAAAGAAGUAUAUAGAAGAUUUGAAACAACAGCUUUCUUUGGAAGGACAACAACUUCAAUCUCAGGUAGCUUCAGUAAUGGAAGAGAACAGCCAGCUUAAUGAAAAAUACCAUAGUGCGAAAAAAGAACUUGAAACAGAGAGAGUGCAGCUAGAAGAGCACAAGGAAAGGGAAAGCAUUCUAAAGGUUGAGUUAGAAAAUCUUAAGGCACACAUCACUGAGAACUUUGUGGUGCAAACUCGUGUUGCUGAACUUGAAGAACAAUUAAGGUUGGCUGAGUCUCGGCAGAAGGAAGAGGUUGAAAGUGUUCGAUCUAUGGCUGCUGAAAAGGAGGAAAAGCUAGUUUCUGAAUUGCAGGAAUAUGCACAUAAACUUUGUGAUAAAGAAGCUCUACAUGAACAAGUGCAGCAACUUCAGAAGGAGUUAAAGCUUUCUCAAAAUAUCAUAGCUGAAAAGGAUGAAGAGAAACAGAGAAAUUUAUCUCUUUUCAAUGAGGAGUUGGAAAUUUUGAAGAAGAAGUCAAGUCAGGAUGCUGAAUUAGAAAAGAAGAUUGAAGAGGAGAGAAAUUUAGCUAUUGUCAAUGCUGAAUUGGAUGAUUUGAAGAAGAAACAUAGUCAGACUGCUGAGCUAGAAAAGAAGAUUGAGGAACUUGAGAACAAGUUGAAGUUGGGAAAUAACUCCAGUGUUCAGGGUGACUUGAGAAGUCCUGCUGAAUUUAAGGAUGGACUAGAGGUGAAAUCCAGAGACCUUGGUUCAACUAUCUCAACUCCAUCAAAAAGGAAGAGUAAGAAAAAAUCCGAUGCUGCAUCUCCUCAAGCAUCACCAUCUUCAGGAGGAAUUCAUCCCGCAGCCCCUCAGAUUUCAUCUGCCAUGUCCUUUAAGUUCAUCUUGGGAGUAGCAUUGGUGUCUGUGAUCAUUGGCGUUAUUCUGGGGAAGCGCUAUUAACUUUGGCCAUGUUUUCUUUUAUUCUCUAUAGUUAGUGUUUAUUAUUUAUUUUUUUUCAAAAAAAAAAACUCAAAAAAAGAAGUAUGGUAGUGUGUAAUUAGUUAAGGUCUUGAAGUUGGUCAAGGGAUUUGUUUUUAUUCUAUCCCUACCAGUUUGCGGCACUAUACAAUCUGGUUGUUGUAUUCAAGUUUGUGUAUUAUUUUUGUGAGUUUAUACUGCAAAUGCUUCUGAGUUCUCAUCUUUGAGAGACUGAGCUGUUGCUGUUGGUUGAGCAUUGUACAAGGUUCUGGGACUGGGAGGACACUUAAAGCCCACCUGACUUGUUGUAUAGGAGCCAUUGCUUGCUUGGUACAAUGGUAAAAUCUUGGGCUUGACAAGUGUGAGGAGAGGUUGGAGUCCGACUGUCUGAGCCACUCCCAUGACCCCAUAUUUGAUCUGAAGUUUUGGUAAAUAAUUCAGCUGUACUACCAAUCCAAACUGGAAACAAUUGUUGUUAGAAAAAGGUAUCACCAGUUGCUAAAAAUCCAACAUCAAGUAAACAAAUCCAUCGCGUUUCUAUUUGAUGUAUAUACAGACUACAGUAUAUUGCUUUGCCAGUUUAGUUACAGGGAAUGGUCUUAUAUAAGAUGUCUAUUGUACUGAUUUAUUUUGGACGGAACUGAAAAUUUUCCUAUGAAGAAAUGGAAAGUAGUUGCUCUCAUUCA